AUGAUCACACACGCUCUGUUCGAAACUGCGUCUGGCUAUGCUAUCUUUGAGGUCAAGCUGCAGGAGAGCAUCGGCGCCUUGACCAAGGCAGUCCAGGACUCCAUUGACGACCUGGCGAAAUUUGGAAAAAUGGUCACAUUGAUCAGCUUUUCACCAUUCAAAAAUGCCGCUCAUGCCUUGGAAAAUGCGAAUGAUGUCUCAGAAGGUAUCCUGAAUGACUACCUAAAGUCGCUGCUCGAGCUCAAUCUGUCCAAACCUUCAAAAAAGUCAUCCGUCAAUCUUGCCGUAUGGGAUGCUCCUUUGGGAAGGGCUAUCAGCACCUCGCUUGGUAUCAGUUGCACCAACGACGAGACCGCACAGGACAUCCUCCGGGGUAUCCGCCAGCAUGCGCCAAAGCUGCUGAAGGGCCUGCAAGCGGACGACCUCACGAAGGCACAGCUCGGCCUGGGGCACUCGUACUCGCGCGCGAAGCUCAAGUUUAACGUGAACCGGAUCGACAACAUGAUCAUCCAGGCCAUCGCGCUGCUCGACCAGCUCGACAAGGACGUCAACCUCUUCUCGAUGCGUAUCCGCGAGUGGUAUGGGUACCACUUCCCCGAACUCGUCCGCAUCGUCCCGGACAACUACCAAUACGCGCGCGUCGCGCAGUUCAUCGGCGCGAAGGAGACGCUCACGGAGGAGAAAUUGCCGGACCUCGCCGUGCUUCUCGAUGACGACGCGACGCGUGCACAGAAUGUGCUUGAUGCCGCUUCGGGCUCGAUGGGCUCAUCCCUUUCCGAGAUCGACAUGCUCAAUAUCAAUGCUUUCGCGAUACGCGUUGUCUCGCUCGCUGAGUACCGUAAAUCACUCAUGUCAUAUCUCGCGGAGAAGAUGAACAGCGUCGCGCCGAGCCUGACCGCACUUCUGGGCGAGCGCAUCGGUGCGCGCCUCAUCAGCCACGCGGGCAGCUUGACAAACCUCAGCAAAUACCCCGCGAGCACUGUGCAGAUUCUUGGUGCGGAGAAAGCGCUCUUCCGCGCUUUGAAGACGAAAGGGAACACACCGAAGUACGGUCUUAUCUAUCACUCAUCAUUCAUCGGCCGAGCAAAUCCCAAGCACAAGGGUCGCAUCUCUCGGUUCCUUGCGAAUAAAUGCUCAAUAGCAUCGCGGAUAGACUGCUAUUCAGAUAGACCAUCCCCGCUGUUUGGCGAAGCCAUGCGACAACAGGUCGAGGACCGACUGAACUUCUUCGAGACGGGUGCACCGCCUGCCAAAAAUGCAGACACAAUCCAGAAGGUGCUCGAUCAGCUCGCACAGCUCAACGAUGAGGACGAGGAUGAGGUGAUGCUGCCCGCGGAUGAGGAGCCGGCGCUCCCCCUCAUCGAGCCGACGCCCAAAAAGGAGAAGAAGAAGAAGCGGAAGAGCCUCGAUGACGAGAUGGACGUGGAUGAGGAGGAGGGGACGCCAGUCAAGAAGCAGAAGCUGUCGAAGGAGGAGAAGAAAGCAUUGAAGAAGGAGAAGAAGAAGGAGCUGAAGGAGAAGGAGGCAGCCGAGGGCGAGGAGCCACCAAAGGAGAAGAAAGAGAAGAAGGAGAAAAAGGAGAAAAAGGAAAAGAAAGACAAAAGGGAGAAAAAGAGCAAGGAAUGA